CUGCAUCUGUGUGUGUGUCUCUCUCUCUGUCUGGCUGUCUCUCUCUCUGUGUCUCACAUCUCUCAUUCCCGACUGCGUGGAAAAGUCCUCCUGCCCCCUCCCUCCCUCUUAUCCGUGUGUCGGGUCUCCUCGCAAGACUAUCCCGACAUUUGUAUUCCUUGUGCAGGUGCGUACUCAACCAGAGUUGUGGCGGUGGUGGUGGUGUUGGUGCCUCCGAGGCGUUAACGCAGUCCCCCCUCCUCCUCAUCCUCUUCCUCUCUUCACUCCCGUCUCACGCCGUGGGUCGUUCUGCAGAUUCGUCCCUGCUCGGCGGAGGUGGUCGAGCACGUGGGUUGAGUGGAGGGCGGUGGUGGUGAGGGUCCAUGGGGAUGGACUCGCGACCUGGCGCGGAGCUGCCGCCCAUCGAUCUCGACAAGGGCCUCGCCUUCGCCUUCCUCUCACUGCUCUGCCUCUUCCUCCUCAUCAUGAUCGUCAAGUGCGUCAAGGUGGUGCUGGACCCCUACAGCGAGAUGGCCACCUCCUCCUGGGAAGAGCAGAGGCUGGAGACAUGAUCCGAUCUCCGAGAAAUCCCCGGACCGCCACACACCACCAGCCCCCCCCGCCACCCCCACAACAGACAAAGACAACCAUCUGUUAAAAAAGCAACUAUUAAACUAAACUAAUUUUUUUAUUUUACCUGGUAAGACCCACUGAGCUAUGUAGUAGCUCUUUUUCAGAAGCGACCUGCCCAUCACAAACGACAGCUCAACGAAGUGGCUCGUCAUCACGUGGGAAUUGCAUCGCAGUCAAAUUCCUGUUGUUCAUUCUAAAUGUGAAGGGAAAAUUACCGGAGGAGGACCCAGAGAUGCAAUCCACGAGCCCAACGUGGAGAGUGAGAAACAUGCAAACUCCAAAUACACAAAAGGCGUCAGGGUCCGGAUCUGAACCCACGACCUCUUGUAGACCAGGCGAGGCAAUUAACAUCUCGCUACCGUUGCACACCGCCCACCAGCCCACCACGCCAACAGACAAAGUCAAUCCUCCGUGGAGUCUUCGCUGACUGCUCGUUGUUAAAGUGCCGUUAGCGGGCACCUCUUAAGGGAAAUGCGGCGAACAGAAGGGCAGCGGUGGCCAGCACCACGGCCAGUCGCCUUUGUCUCCCCAGUGCUGGUGUUUACUCACGGCACCAGACACUGAUUUGUAAAAGGCCGAGUCCACCGUGUUCGUCGCCGAUGUUGACCGUGAGCGAGAAUCGAAGGCGGCUCGCCGGGUUUGCAGCACAGAGCGCGAACCCCUCCUUCGCUCCUUUGCACCCCCCCCC